AACACCCGCAGGAAUGAGUAUGAGUUAUUUUCCUCUUGUAACAACACAUAGAUUUUAGUGUACAUCUAACCAACAAAAACUGUCUGCUGAGAGAAGUUGGGACUGUGUCCAGUCCACUGUGCUCAUCCACUGAACACAUUCUCAACUUCUCUGACAGGACAAGACCAUAUAGUGCAACGUUAAGAAGUCUUCAGUCUUGAAAACACAGUCUGAACUAUGACAACCAAAUCCCCAGAAAAAAUCAAGGAGGAAUUUCUGUCAUUCACUGAAGAAGGUGCUGUGGAUCUCUGUAGAAUAGCACGUUUCGUAAAGCAUCACUGCAACUCGACAGUUCCUCUUGUGAAACCAAGAAGCUGCACUCUGAGAAUUUGUGGGCUGGAAGAAACCGUGUACGAAGGGGAUGAAGAGCAACUUGAAGCCUGGAAAUAUUAUUACCUGCCAGAAAGGAUGGAAAUGGAAGUGAUUGGUGCCAUUGAUGACUUCCCAUGUGAUGCAUUCGGUCUGCAGCUGGUGCUUUUGUUGGGUGAAGAUGGAAGGGUCUUUGCCUGUGAGGAUGAGCUUUUGCACCUCGUAGCCAGGAAUUUGAGGGACCUGCUUCAAAAUGAAAUGGCUUUCCCUGGAAUAGAGACCUUCAAGCUUGGAGAGUGUUUUGAAGAGCCGACUGAGGAAGAAUAUCUUGAAAUGAUGGAAAGUGUUGAUGUCAAAGAAAUGAAGAAACAACACAUGAAGUUCAGAGAAUCUCUGGAGCUUGAUUUGCUCAACACUAUGAAUGAAAUCACACAGAGCCGUAAGGUUCAAAAACAAAAACAAGUGGUUUCAGAGGAGUUCACCUCAAGCACAAAACAAAGACUUCAAGAAAAUGCAUCAAUAUGCAGUUGCAAGGUGGAAAACAGAGAAAAAGUUUGGUACAAUCAAUGUCAUUACAGGGCUUUUUGCCUAUCAAACCAUGAGCUUAUUGUGUAAAAUUACAUUAAUCCUGUUCAAAUUAAUCUUUAUAUUCUGCUCUUUCAAACUGCAUUCAUACGUCUUGUAAACAACAUUUAAUCAGAAAAUAUUUCUCAGUGUCUGCUAAAGUU